AUUCCCAGAAGGUGCAUCACUGACAGGAUGAAUCUUUUGCAUUCUCUGCAUGAUGAGUUCAUCAAAAGAUUUCGCUUAUCAAAAACAACAGCACUCAAUUUACUAGACAAGCUACAGAUUCAAGAAACUCGAGAUGGGAGGAUCACCAGUACCACCCCGCCUACAACUGUUAAUUACAUUGCGAUGGAUGGCCACUGGUAGCUUCCAGUUGACUAUUGCUGACACUUUUGACGUUUCACAACAACUUGUGAGCAAGUGCACAGCCAAAAUAGUCCGAGCCAUAGCAUUUCUGCUACAAGAUUAUGUGAAACGACCAUCGAGAGAACAUUUUUCUAACAUCAGGAAUUAUUAUUUUGAAAUGUCUGGUUUUCCUGGGGUAUUGGGUGCAGUUGACUGCACACAUAUUCAUAGUCCUGGAGGUGCUAGAGCAGAAGAGUUCAGGUGUAGAAAGGGAUUUUUGACUUUGUGUGCCGUUGGCCUGGUUCUGUUCAUGACAGCCGAAUAUUUAAUAAUAGCAGAUUAUUUUUUGAUCUUCAACAUGAUCUGCUAGAAGGGCAUCACUUAUUAGGUGACUCAGCCUAUCCACUGCUACCAUUCCUCCUCACCCCAGUGGCAAAUCCUGUUGGCCAAAGAGAAUUCAGAUGCAAUAUAUCACAUUCCAAAGCACGAAAUACCAUUGAAAGAGCAUUUGGUGUUCUGAAAAUGAGAUUCAGGUACCUCACCAUUCCAUUGAAAAUUAAUUUAACAACAGUCAUGGCGACUAUUUGCAGUGCAGCUGUGUUGCAUAAUAUGGCUGUUAAGUAUAAAGAAGAUCUGUACAUGUGUAAUGAUGAUGGAGAGGAAGAAAGUGUAAAUAUUGAAGAAAAUAUAGAACAAUUUGUAAAUGCUGCCGGUCGACAGAAAAGAAAUAAUAUCAUUAAUGAAUAUUUUUCUUAAAUGUUUCAUGCUAAAAUGCCAUUUUUUGUUGAUAUUUUUCUGUUUUGCUUAAAUUAAGCAUAUGACAGUCAUGACAGCCUCAUUCACAAAAAUACUAUUUACGCUAUGUUUACUUCGAUUGGUUGCCAUAAGUACAAAAGUGGGAUCCAGCAAGUGUACUGAAAUAUAAUUCCGUAACUGUACAUAGUUAUGUAUA